GACUAAUCAUACUUAAAAUGUCCUUAAACAGUUAAUUCGCAUGUCCGUUGACAUCGGAUUUGCCUCAGACGCUGUGGCCGGUGAGCAACAAGCGAGUUGUGGUCGAAAGUCAAAACCAAAUUUGACAAUCAAAAUGACCAAAAUAUUCCUAUAAAACCGAACCUUCCUCUUCAUCGUUCCAUUUUCCCUGGUUGUUGUGGAGAAUAGAAACAGAGUGAAAAAAAUUAUGAAUCAGAUGAUACCUCAGCAAUGGUCGUGUCCCUGCAGAAAUCAAUGUACGCGUAAGUACGCAGCUCUCACACAGAUUCCAUGGAGAGUAUUUUGCAAAAAGGGUUGUGGUGCUGAUGGAGACACAUGGGAAGAAUGCUUGGAAGAGUGUAAUGAGAUUUGUUAUAAGGAUCCAGUUUUAAAGGACCACCAAUGGAGUGCAUACAUUGACCGUUCUCCUGGAGCUGCUAAUCACUCUGAGGAAUGUUUCUAUGCUUGUGUUUCUGGCUGUGGUUAUAAGUUUGACAUUCAGCGAGAGAAAGUAGAUCAAGUUCGUCCAAACAGGCCACCUGCACCGCCCCCUGUCUCAAAGACACCUCCUCCAACUGUGGAACACCAUGGAGCUUCAGAAGAUGUACCUGGCACCUCGGCAUAGUCAGAUACAAUUGCAAUAUUAAGUAAAGAAAUUUAUACUAAAAUUUUGGUUAGCUUAAUAGUUUGCGGUAACAUUGUUCUUGCUACUUACUGAUAUAACUUAGUAGUCUUAGGUUCUUCCGGGCAGAGGUUUAAAUUUUGUCCAGGCUCCGGGUUUAGAAGCUCUCUGAGUCACCUGAGACAACCAGAAAUGUAAUAUUUGAUACAUUAAAUUAAUGGCAGAACCGAUGGAAUCUGUUGAUGUUGAUAA